AUGACUGUCGAUCACAAACCACCUGGACAUCUCGAUGCCACCGAGAUUGACGAGGAAGCGGAAGCUCUUGAGGGCUACGUAGUCGAUCCCAGUCACUAUGCAGCCUACGCAGCGAGAUUGAAGACCAGCGACGAUGGUCGCUUUGUUCUCAUUCCGCAGCCUUUGAACACUCCCAAUGAUCCACUGAAUUGGAGUGCUAGCAAGAAACGAUGGAUCGUCGCCAUCAUUGCUUAUAUUGCCUUUCUGGCUGAUUAUACCGGGGGAACAGCCAUCAUUACUGUCAUCCCUCAGUCAAUGGAAUGGCAAUUGUCUCAAUCGAUGGUCCAACGAGCAGUUGUCGGCAACUUAUUCACUAUCGGCGCAUGCGGACUCUUCGUCGUUCCACUGGCCAGCUAUUUUGGCCGCUGGCCAGUUAUUUUGGUCUUCCAAUGUGUUAUGCUUGGAACAUGUGCCUGGUCUGGCGCAGCUACUAGCUUUCGAUCAUAUCUGGCCGCACGCAUUAUAAACGGUUUUUUCUGCAGUGUGGGUCAAGGAGGAGCCUUGAUGUGGAUUAAAGAUCUCUUUUUUUUUCACGAACACCCACGGAUCAUCAACUACGUGGAGUUCUCCAUAAUCCUCAGUCCAUACCUGGGACCCUUAAUUACCUGCUUCAUUGUUUCUUAUGUUAGCUGGAGAUGGGCAUUCUGGGUGUGCACGAUCCUUGCUGGCAUAGGUUUGAUUGCAAUUCUUUUUUUAGAUGAAAGUCUGUUUGAUCGCAAGGCUCCUCCUGAUUUUCGCCGCUCUUAUCUCUCCCGCCUGGUUGGAUUGCAACAGGCGAAGGCUCCUCAGAAGAGUUUCGCUCAGUGCAUGGCUCGUCCAGUUCUGGCUAUGACCAAAGUUCCCGUUCUGACCAUUCUUGUCUACUAUUUCUUGAACUUUGCGUGGGUAAUUGGUGUCAAUACCACCAUUGGUAUCUGGCUGACCAAUAUAUAUGGGUUUUCAACGAAGGGAAUUGGAUAUUUCUACUUCUUUGGCAUUGUCGGCGUCUUAUUUGGCUGGUUCAUUGGCCACUACCUCCAUGAUGCAGUGGGCCGAUACUAUACUAAGCGUCAUGACGGCCGUCUUGACCCAGAGGCUCGGUUGAUAAUCACGUACCCAGCAACUCUCAUCUGCUGUGUUAGUCUUAUCAUCCUGGGACUCGCCUUUGAGAAGCACUGGCACUAUAUGGUAAUUGCGGUGUUCGCUGCUACGCAAUGUAUUGGUGUCAUGAUUAUUACAACUGCUAUCAAUGCGUACUUGCUCGACUGCUACCCUGAAGGAUCAGGCGAAAUGGGUGCAUGGGUUACGGCCAGCCGUAACUGGGCGGGAUUUAUGGCGACAUAUAUUCAGAUUGACUGGGUAACACGCCUUGGACCCGCCAAGGCAUUGGGGAUCCAAGCAGCAAUUACAUUUACCUCAAUCUUUUUCAUGGUUUUCCUACAGAUGUACGGGAAGCGAAUGAGGAAGUGGCAAGGGCCCAUGGUUUUUGGUAAGAAAUGA